AUGGAUCAUCAAACCACCACCACCAACAAAUGGUUCCAACUCCUCUUUAUCCCCUUCAUUAUCAAGAGACAAAUUCUCUAUACCCUACUCUCUUUACUCAUAAUCCUAAUCUCCUCCAUUGUUAUACUGAAUAUUGUAGGACCUUUUGAGACACAAUCUCUUCUCCGUUUUAGCUUCUGGUCCCAAAUCCUACCCAAUUACCAUAAACCAUAUAAGCCAGCUUCUUCUGGUGUAUGUGAUUACUCUUAUGGAAGAUGGGUUCGAGACAAGACAGACCCACUUCGGUUCUAUGGAGAGAACUGUCCGUUUCUUGAUCCUGGAUUUCGUUGUCGUCGGAAUGGCCGGACGGAUGCGGAGUAUCUCAACUGGAGGUGGCAACCCUACGGCUGUGAUCUUCCGAGAUUCAAUGCAAGCGACCUGCUAGAAAGGAGCAGGAAUGGACGUAUAGUUUUUGCCGGCGACUCCAUUGGAAGAAACCAGUGGGAGUCUUUGGUGUGCAUGCUUGCACAAGGAGUUUCCAACCUGUCCACAAUAUAUGAAGAAAAUGGGAAUCCCAUAACUAAACACAAGGGAUUCCUCUCCAUGCGAUUCGAUAAAUACAACCUCACAGUUGAAUACUAUAGAACACCUUUCCUUACCAUUAUCAGUCGUCCACCGCCGAAUUCUCCGCAAGAAGUGAAAAUGGCCAUCAGGGUCGACCAGAUGCACUGGUACUUAGGCAAGUGGGUUGGAGCGGAUGUAUUGAUUUUCAACGCUGGACAUUGGUGGAAUGAAGAGAAAACAACCAAGAUGGGCUGCUAUUUCCAGGAAAGGGGGAAACUAAACAUGACAAUGAAUGUGUUUGAAGCAUUCCAUAAGUCCCUGCAAACAUGGAAGUCAUGGGCAAUUAACAGUUUAGAUACUAAAAAGACUCGCACUUUCUUUCGAACCUACUCUCCGGUGCAUUACAGGAAUGGCACAUGGAAUGAAGGGGGUCAUUGUGAUGCAAAUAUAGAACCAGAGACAAACUACACAAGGCUGGAAGCUGAGCCAUGGAAUAAUCGAUAUAUUUCUGAUGUUAUUAAACAGAUGGAAUAUCGUAAAGAGAAAUUUCAGGUAUUGAAUAUUACAUAUCUGACAGAGUUUAGGAGUGAUGCCCAUCCAUCACUCCAUCGAGAACCAGGCACUCCAGUUGAUGCUCCACAAGACUGCAGCCAUUGGUGCCUACCUGGAGUUCCAGACACAUGGAAUGAACUUCUCUAUGGUUACCUAUUGGCAAUGAGAUUCAGGACGCGGUGACAUUUGACUGUACCAUAAAAUAAAUAAAUAGAUAA